GUGGUUUAAACCACGUGCAAUAUAUUUUAUUUGUUUUAUAAAUAAAAUUUUUUAAUAGAUAGUUGUAAAUAAAAAUGAACAAAGAUAGUGUAAAUAUUAGUACUGAAGAAGAUGAAUCACAAUUUGAUAAUGGAAAAGUUGUAAAAUUAAUUGUUGUUGGUUGUGGUCAAAGAGGUCAUGUUUAUUCACAAUAUGCAAUUGAAAGACCAAAUAGAUUAAAAAUUGUUGGUGUUUGUGAUCCAAUUAAAUAUAGAAGAGAGAAAAUGGCAAAAGAGUUUGGAUUGGAACAAGAUAAAAUAUUUUCAGAUUGGAAUGAUAUUAUCAAUUUGGAGAAAUUCGCAGAUGCUGUAUUAAUUGCAACACCAGAUCAGUUACAUAGGGAUCCAGCCAUUGCUUUUGCAAACAAGGGAUAUCAUUUAUUGGUAGAGAAGCCAUUGGCAAUUACAGAGGAAGAUUGCAAAUUAAUUGUAGAUGCUGCUAAAAAGAACAAUGUAAUGUUAUCAGUAUGCCAUGUACUCCGUUACUCACCAAUUAAUUUAAAGAUAAAAGAGUUAAUCGACUCUGGUUUAAUUGGUAAGGUGAUGAAUAUCCAACAUUUAGAACCAAUUGGAUACUACCAUUUUGCACAUAGUUAUGUUAGAGGUAAUUGGUCCAAUAUCGAGAAAUCAUCAUUCUCACUGUUAACCAAAUCAUGUCACGAUCUCGAUUUAAUUCAUUUCUUCUUCUCAAGUCCAGCAACUGACGGUGGUAAAUCCAAAUAUUCCUAUAAGAAAUGCAAAAAGAUAUCAUCGUUUGGUGGCUUAACCUAUUUCAAUAAAGAAAACAAACCAAAAGAAGCUGGCGAUGCUAAACGUUGUUUAUCAUGUCCAAUUUCAAACAAGUGUCCCUACUCUGCUUCUAAAAUCUAUUUAGAAUUUUAUCCAUGGAAGAAAUUUGUAUUGGUACCAGAUAGAGAACCAACAUUAGAAAACGUCAAACUUGCUCUUCAAAAUGGCCCAUAUGGUGUUUGUGCUUAUGAAAGUGAUAAUGACGUAGCAGAUCAACAAAUUGUUAAUCUAGAGUUUGAUGAUGGUACAACAUGUUCUUUUAGUAUGGUUGCUUUUACAGAGGAAAUGUGUAUUAGAAAAACCAGAAUCUUUGGUACCCAUGGCCAGUUAGAAUGCAACGGUUCAAAUAUUGUAUAUGAUGAUUUCCGUUUCGGUGAUAAAGAAAUCUUUACUCCAAAAGUUAUUCAAAACACUAAAAUGUCAAAUCAUGGUGCAUCAGAUUACUAUCUAAUGAGAAGUUUUGUUUAUGCAGUUUCACAAAAUGACCCAACUCAAAUUCUUUCAGGUCCAGAUGAUACAUUAACAUCUCAUCUUUUAGUAUUUAAAGCUGAGGAAUCAAGAUUAAAAAAUACAGUAAUAAAUUUUUAAAUUGUUUAAAUAAAAAAAAGAAUUAUAUAAUAAAUGCAUACAUACUAAAAUUUAAAUAUAAU